AUGAUUGCCAAUAGGAUACAGUUUGACGUGGUCAAGCAUGAUAUCUUCCAUCCCAACCAACUAGGCGGUAUUUGCCAGAGGUCAACUGAGGAUGCUGGAUUGAUUCUGACCCAUCUCGUGCGAGCGGGGUGGGUUAAGGGUCUCCAGACUAGCGCGCUGGCUUUUGACAUCGCGCAGUUCUUCCCUUCUAUCAACCAUGAGAUGUUCAUGGCUGUACUUCGCAAGCAAGGGUUCUCGCCAGUUCUGGUGGAGUUCUUUGCCUCUUAUCUUUCUGCGGACGUGGGUGUCGGGCAGGGCUCAGCUCUCUCGCCUGUUAUCUCUGGGCUGUUCAUUGCUCCGGUAAUGAAGCUCUUCUACAUCAAGGCGGCGCUGCUUAAUACGACGCUACUCUCCUUUGUGGAUGACAGGACCAUUUUGGCCCAAUCCAAACAACUCGAUGAUAAUAAUGUGGGCCUGCGUAAGGCCUACAAGAUUAUCUACCUUCUCUUUGUUGCCUUCGCACUCGUUCUUGAACAUGACAAGACCGAGCUGUUCCACUUUUCGUGUCGACGAGAUGCCUACAAUCCCUCGCUGGAUCUGGGGUACGCCCCACAUACCGGCGCUACACCUUUGAAGCCCAAGACCUAUUGGAGGUACUUGGGCUUCUACUUUGACCGCAGGCUUACGUUUCAUGAGCACGUCCUCUACUAUGCCACCAAGGCGUUCACCACUGUGCAGGCCAUGCGCAUGCUCGGCAACUCCACUAGAGGUCUUUCGCCUAAACAGCGCUGA